UCUGCGUUUUUACCGCUGUCGUCGCGCUAUUUCUUACCAACAUGGCGGCGAUGUGAGGACCAAAACUCGAAUCAGUGACUCAAAAUAUGUAAUUAUUCGUUUGAUUUAGGGUAUGGUGUACGCACGUUUCAUGCCGAAGUAUUGAUUAAGAAGGUAGGGUUCUGCUAGGUGUGUGAGAAUGGCCCUGGCAAAUAAAGACAAGUCAACGGUCAAAGCAAAGGAGUUGCUGAAGGACCUUGGCAAACCAACGCUACGCGGCGUGAAGAAAUGCCCCAACUGUGGCUUCUACAACGGCAUCCGGGGCCUGAGCUGCAAGAACAAGGCCUGCAACAUGGUCCUGCGAGGGGCGGGCAGGAAGAAAGGACACAGCGCCGACGCAGUGAAGAUCAUCACAGGGUCGACGGUCCAGGUGUACUCGGUCAGGCUAAGGGACCGCGGGCCGGACUACAGGGGCUUCGUGGAGCUACCCUUGCACCCAUUGAUGGACCUCCAGGGUCAGGUCCUGCAAGGAGCCCGCUGCUACGUGGAUCUCUGUCAGAAGCCCACGGACGCCACCGCCGCCCCAACAGCUACGGAAAUCCUGAACUGUAACCACAUCCGACUGGCCCUGGAGAGCGAAACGGAAGCCGUGCCCCUGACGCUCAAGAACUCAGUCCUGAACGGCCUGCCCGUGUCCAACGAAAUCAAGCAGGCCAUUUGGCUUCUAGCCACGGAAACCACGGGCCCUCUGGUCCAGCGGGUCAGUAAGAACGUCAUGGUGGUCAAGUGCAAAGUCCAGCCCAAGAACCCGCUGGGCUUCCUGCAUUUUUCCUUCACGGAGAGCCAGCGCAAGAACGGAACCACGGAGCACAAGUUCCAGUGCACCUGUCGGCAUUUCAGGAACUACAGGGCCCCGCCUGGGGAAGAACUUCAGCGGCGCUGCGUGCACUUCUACGCCUGCAUCUGUGCGUUCGCAAGUGACGACGCUUUAGCCAAAGAAUUUGAGUUUUUCAUCAAUCUGGACGCUGUUGUGUCAACAACAACUAUGGCCGUACUCAGUGAGCCAGUCCAGCUAGACCAGGUGAUUACAGAGGAGAACAACCCUAAUUUAUUGGUCAAGAUACAUCGCAAGGAUGACAUGCUAGCUCAGGCUAGUAGUGCCCUCCUCACGCUACAAGAGAGUGCCGCCUCGCCGGCCAAGAAGCAAGCCACAAAGCGGAAUCAGCUGACGCCCUCCACCACCCCCAACAAGGCCGCCCCGGCCCAGGAGGGGGAGUUCACCUCUGUCACCUUCAUCAAGUGGCUGUCCAGCGUGACGGAGCGCAUCAAUCAGACCAUGCAUUACCAGUUUGAUGGUCGGCCUGAGCCCUUGGUGUUCCACGUGCCCCAGGUUUUCUUUGAUCUCCUGCAGCAGCGAAUCGCCAGCGGCGGCAGGAAGAAGCGAUUACCGAACGCGACGACGGCGUUCAUCCGCAAGGACGCCCUCCCCCUGGGAACGUUCUCCAAGUACAUGUGGCACCUGACAAACGUACUACAGGUCAAGCAGAUCUUUGACACAGAAGAGGUACCUCUGCAGGUCACUCGUAGCUUUGUGGAGAGCAGCAACGGGAGUUUCACCCUCAACCCUGCCCCACCUCGGCUGGACCAAGACCCCUCCAUGUACAGGAAGAUCAACGGCCAAGUCCCAAUCAAACCGUUUGAGCUGAAGACUUAUCUCAAAGUUGGCCACACCACCCCUGACAUGACCGAGCCCACGCCCUUCAUCAUCGAGUGGAUCCCGGACAUCCUACCCAUCACGCACAUCGGGGAGUUGCGCAUCAAGUUUGAGUACGGCCACCAGCGCAACGGGCACGCGGAGAAGCGACCGCCGGGAACGCAGACCAGCACGGGCCAACAGACGACCAUAACGAUACUGUGAAGGGGGCAGUGGUUAGCCUUGGUUCAAGACUGUGUGUGUGUUUGGGGCCCUUAGUGAAAUCCAGCCUUUCGGAACUUCGGCGCUCAGACCCGGGGACAUUCUGUGCAUGCCUCAUGCACGUGCAUUACAUGUAAUGGAGACCAUUUGCCAAAAAAAGAUGUGAUUUUGCCGACUCGAAGAACAACAAUGCAAUAGAUCUGAAGCACUUUUUGAGAAAACUGUCAAAAUACAUUUUUGUCGACGCAAAUCAAGUUUCCUUUAAAAGCCCUUCCUUCCAAAAUGUUCAUUAAUUUGUUUUGGUUAGCGUCUUCUUGUGGUAUGAUCCCAAUUUCUCACGCAGGAAAAAACUAAUUCCCAUUCACUGAUAUGUAACCAAUUGCCAACUAAACUGAAUUGGUGGCAGUAUUUGAAAAAAGGUGGGUUUUUUUUUUCAUGAUGGUUAGGUCCAAACCAUCUGAGGAAAUGAUGUUCAUUCCUCAUUUCUUAAAAAUGACAGCAUACUAGGGGCAUGAUUUCACAGGAUGCUCAGGACCUAAAAGUAAUUUACUUGCGAUCAAGUAGGGUAUUUUCAUUUCGUUUUAUUAGUGUUUGCAAAUGGUGUCUAUCACAGUUAACUAGAAAACAGCGGACAUAAGGUAUGCUCAGAUUGUUGCGGGUCCGAGCGCCAAAGUUCCCAAGAAUUGAUUUGCAUCAUUAUGAUGAUAGCACCAUCUACCACCACAGCGCUUGAACUUGCCAGGGACUGGCUGCUUUAGGGGCACAAAACCCAAAUCUGGUCUUGGAACCAGAACAAGCCGCUGAUUGAAGAUAUUAAGGCUUCGGUCUGAAAGCAGCUGAAUUUGAAUUUGUUAUGUGGGCUUGUGUCUGUCUUACACACACACUGUUCAAUGUUACCCACGUUGCUAGAAAUGCCAGUAGCAGGCUUUCAAGUAUUCCUACUUUUCCUACUUUUUCCUAGUUUUUUUUUACCUUGCUCCUACUUUUCUUUUUGAAAUUCUUACUUUUCGUCCCACAUCUCUGAAAAAUUAAAUCUCAAAACAAAAAGCAAAAAGCGACGAGUAAGGUGCCACCUGAAAUGCCUCCCAGUGACUGGGUAUAGUUUCCAGAAUUCAGUGACCACUGGGCCAUUUAUGCGAAAACACUCCAGAGCUGUAAUGUUGACAAAAAUGGAUGGGAGCUCUCUGAUAAGUCGAAUGGGUAGUCUAUUCAUAUACCAAGACUACUUGCAAGUGAAUGCAAUAACAAUCAGAGACCGUUGAGCAAAUUUGGGGAUGUUCCAGUUGGUUUCUUUAGCCUGUGUCACAACAAUGGAAGCCUUUAUUUUUUUUUAAGGUUGGUUUCGAAUAUCCGGUUUUCCAAAAUGGAAACCAAAUAGUAGAAUUCAAAGCAAAUUUUUUAAAAUCGGGAUUUAAAUCCCACCACUAAUUGCAGUGAUCUAGGUUAUUGCUCUUUUUAGUUUAUGCACCGGGAUACUGUUGACCGAAAAGGUGAACAAGUACAUUCAUAUUUUAUUGUUUUGUCAACUUUUCCCCUUUUUUUGGGGGGGGGGGGGGGAGGGAAGGGGAUCCUUUCUUCUAGAAUUUGUUAUUUCCUGAACCCCCAAAGUGUACACUGGAUAAAAUUGUUGUGUUGCUUUUUGUUUGUGGGGUGAAGCAUUUAGAGUCGCUUUUCACAACUUUAGUUUGGAGAAGUUAUGAUUCUUUCAAGUCCUACCAUAUGUAUGUGUUGAUUUGUGUUUUGGGGUUUAACGUUUGAUGUUAUCACACCCUCAUUUGGGAGAAUUUAUAACUUUGCAUUUUUGGGUGCAUGCAUUUUUUUUAUUUUGAGAGACCAGAUGCAAUUACUGAACAUUUACACCCCAAAAAAUGGAAUGAAGGAACUUUGAUUUCAGUCCUUUUUCAAGAAAAAUUAGUCUGGCUUUGUUCUGUCCUGUGAUUGGACAAAAAUUUGCCUCAAUCUGUGGUUUAUCCAAUGAAAUCUCAGUUUUUACUCGAAUAUGGGAAAUAACAGUACAGAUGUUGCAGCUGUUUUGGCUGUACCGUUGGGUUUUCUCAAAUGAAAUCUUCUUAUUCAUGAAAAAAAUAAUAA